UCCUCACAGCCGGUCAAUUUUCCCGGUGCCUGGCCCUUAAUGAAGUCCCUGAAUUUGAAUUUGUGGUGGAAAGUUCAGCGCCACCUUUAAUUUUUGAAAGAGGUCCUGAACACCUUCCCUGCAUUUUGUAGGACUGUCAAAAGUUGCUCUUGCACAAUUACUUGAUAAUGGAAGUUAAUAAUAGGAAAAAGGAGUCACUGCACUUGUUUAGAAAUAGAAUCAUUAUUGUGGAUAUUUCCAAUGGGCCUUACUGUUGCUAUAGUAACCUUUGCAUUAAGAAAAUGGCCAUAACUUGUUUACCAUGGAAAGGGUAUGUCUUAUUCUGCAUUUGCUGCUAUAUAGAAAUGUACUAAGCACUGUGUAUACAACCCAGUCCAUUUUUUUGUGUUUUGUUUUGUGUAUUUUAAUUGCUUUUAAAGCAGUCGACUCAUUGUUAAUGUUUUGGAUUGCAUUAUUUUGUUCUUUCCGUGGAUUUUUUUAUGCUACUUGAUAAAUGCAAGUUUGUUUUAGUUAUUUUUUUCCUUCUAUGAGAGACUUGUGUGCUUCCUAAUGUCCUGACUCUUCUUCAUUAUUUAUUCAUCUACCAAAUUACUUCACUUUUAUUAAAGUGGGGCAUGUUUACAAAACCCAAAUAAAAACAGAGUUUGGAAAUGCCAAAAUUGUCUUUUUUUGUAAUUUCCAAGAGAUAGUAAAGAUGGUAUGUUGCUUAGGGGCAGUUUAAUGAAAACUGCUGACUGCAGGCUUAAUUUACCACCAAAAAAGAUUCUUGUUCCCUAAGGGUGGAGAGAUGCAUAAUUGAUUGCAAGGGUGAGACAUAGUGUAUCUGAGCAUUUAAUUGAAAGACAUUGACUAGAAUUUUUCCACUAAAUUUAUUGGCAAUGUUUUUGUCAUUUUUGCUUUGAAAGUAGAAAUUUCUACUUUGCCUUGGAAGAAAAAUGGUUACCAAGAUUAGGAUUGAGUAAUAUUUAUCUUGGCAGAAUUUGUUAUGGAACUUCUAAAAUUUCAAAAGUGGUAAAUCCCACUGCUACUGACAGGUUAAUAAGCAGCUGUCAUUCAACACUGUCACACUGUGUUGCAUGACAAGCCUAAAAAUUGACUAAACAAGAGACCAUUUCCCUUGACAAUAAUUGUACAGUUGUAUGCCUCAAACAUCCAAAAAUGGCAUUUUGUGUCCUGACUCCACACCACUUUACCCAGGCUCUAUACAGUGGCGACCUUUGCAUAACAGGUUCUAAAUUGGCUGUAGUAGGGAGUUUCAGUUGAGUUCUUCUUUGCACAUAAGAUAGUUGAACAGUAAUGUGGUGGUGUUCAGAUUAGCACUUGCAAUCUCUUGGCAAAACAAGGUUAGUAGAGUUGCACAUGAUGUGCAGCAGGAUAUGUGCACCAGGUGAUCCUUGCUCAGCCUUUAGAACGGGUAAAAUAUUAAGGUGGUGAGAUACUGAAAGUUGGUGAUUUAGAGCAAUAUUUGUGUUGGCUACGUUCAUUCUGUAGUCAGUAAAUAUGUGUAGAAUCCCCUUCAAAAUCUCUUUCGCUUUCUGCUUGGUAAAAUUGGGGUUGAAGUCCAGUAUUCCAUUAAGGAAAUGAGAUGCUGGAAGAGCUGGGGCAGAUAAAACAUUUUAAGGAAAGGGGUUUGAGAUACAGACCACCAAAGGCAUUCCUUUGUAGAAGGUUCUGGGAGCCUCUUCCCCCAGAAAAUUUUUAAAGUUAUUGAUGUCCUUGGAGAUGGGAUUUCCAUCUUUCCGAGGGCACAUCGGAGUGUUGUAAUGCCCCUUAUUUUGAAUUUAGGGGGCUCAACGAAACACCCCUAUAUCCACCUUAGAAGCGGGUGGAUACUAUUUACUAAUAGAUUAAAAACAUCAUUCAUUCUUCGCCCUUGGGUCUAGCAGUAUAAACUACAGUCUUGGAGGAUCACAAGUAAUCUUAUUAAGUGUGAUGGUUAAAAAAAGUUUUGCCUGCAUUAGUUGGGCGGACAAUGUGUGAUUUGAUUGGAUAUCGUACAUUUUUGGAUAUUAUAUAAUAUUAUGUUUAUUACAUAUAGCAUCUUCAUGCUCAAAACCAUGAAACAAUCCUUAACUUGAAGCCUAUUAGAUAUAAACAAAAUGGAAUCCUCCAUAUGUUGGACAGAAACAGAAGAAUAAAAGCACACCCUGAGAGAUUCCAAGAAACUGAAGAAGAGUUUGAUCUUGUUGUCACAGUUGAGGAGAGGGUAUAUGACCAGGUUAUUGAGUACCUGGAGUCAAGAGGUUCCCAAAGCUACUCACCAGUGCAUGUGAUAAACUUGGAUAUUCAGGAUAACCAUGAAGAAGCAACAGUAGGGGCCUUUCAUAUAUGUGAAAUGUGUCAAGCUAUUGAAGGCCUAGACGACUUAGAAAAUGAAAUUGAUGAAGUUCUUCACAAACUGGAAAAAAAAUGGACAAGAACUCUACUUCAUACAGUAGCUUUCUACUAAAUAUUGAAUAUUUGUACAAAUAGAUAUAUUUUAUUUCACCUUAAGUGUAAAUAGAUAUUUGUGAUUUUGUGAUAUUCUGGUUAUUCCAAGGUACCCUAAGUUGAAAAUGCAAUAUAGGUCAGUCUAUGCACUUAGCUGUUAAAACCCUAGGAAUUGGCAGGGACAAAUUAAAACAGCUUGAAAGUAGUUGGGAGACAAGUGGGUAAUUUUGUAGGAAAUGGUUGGGAGAAAAAUGGGGGCAGAAAGAGCUUGAAGGAACGGAAUACUGUAGGUAACAUGAAGAUGUGUAACAUGGGUGUUAACACAUAACUUGCAAGAGAAUUAGAUGCUUAUGCAAGUAAAUCAGUGGAGUAAUAACCUGAUCCUCCCAAGACUUUCCCAUAAUGAUCCCUAAUAUCUUAACAAUCAAUUAGAGGGAACUUUUGAACCAAUUAGAAUUACAGUAUUGUUUAGAGACUUUGUGACACCACUCAAAUCAACACAAGUUAGAAUAAUUUAAAUUAUAUUAUUUAAAUGCUGUAUGUAAUUAAUAUAAACCUGUAUGGCCCAACUUUAGGAACAGUUUAAUCUGUUCAUUAUAUUGUUUCUCUAAAUUGGCUUGAAUAUUUUUUAUGCUUUUUGUAUGUACAAAAAUAUUACAAAUCCACCCAGAUUGUCAGAUGAAACACAAACAAGAAGUUUAUAUCAAUCACUCCUAAACUUUGGAAACCCAAUAUCUUGAACUUCAAGGGGAAACAGAAGAGAGAGCUCGAGUUAUUUGGGUCAAAUUAACAUUACAGUGAAACAUCCAAGGAAAACAACCUUUGGUUUGCUUCGUUGGGAGGUCUCGAAAAAAUUCAGGGCUCUAGAAAUUGGGAUUUCCACCAAAAUUUUCAAUAAUAAUAGUAACCCUACCUCAAUAAGGAUUUUCUCUGUCCACUGGUUAGAUACUUAACUGUAUUUUUGUCUGAAGUAGUCUAGCUGAUAUAAUGUCUGUAUGAACUUUUAACUUUCAACUCCAGGACGGUUACAAUAUGGAGUCUGUGGAGCAGGCAGAGAAAGCAACAAGGAUGUAGUAAUAACUGCAACUAAUGUUAACAGUAGUAUUUAGUAUGUCAGUUGCAGUGUGUCUGCAUUUAUAAAAUACUUUAGGGUGUUUGUCAAUAAUAUACUUGGCCCAAUAUUUUGGCAGGGGUGCGUCAUGUGUCAAAGGGACUUUCUUAAAUAUAUGGCAUUUUUUUUCCUUCUUGAAGGUGUGUAGUUAUUUUACAUGUUUGCCAGAGACAGUGUUGAUGGGAGUUACAACUAACAUCCAUGCAACCCUUUAAAAUAUUUCUGGGAUCUUGGGCUUUGUUUCUUGCAAUUUUUUUGCCACUGAAAGUGGUCUUAGUAUUUUGUUGUACAUGUGGCAAAAACGCUCUUGAUACCCACUGCUAGAUGUGGAGUCAAAAAUGUGUGAAUGACUUAGUCAAAAGUGAAAAUGUGUAAAGUUAAUGUGUGUUAGCUCGUUCUUGUAAAGCUUUUUUUGAUCUGCUUUUUAUUGAUUGAAUCCUUAAAAGGAAAAUAAAAAGUAUUUUGUGUACAAAAUC